CACCUAUAUAUAUAGAUUAUUGUAUUUUUUUAAUUUAUAUUUUUUACAAAUUUUUUUUAUCUAUUUACCAAAAUAGUCGCCUUUUCGCUGUGGGACUAUUUAUCUACUGCAUAUGAACCUCAUAAACUGCGUUUUCGACCAACACAACAAAAAAAAACCUCAUCAACUGCGCUACUCUCACUGGGCUAUGAGUCUCACCGUCAAACUGGGCUUUCCUCAACCUGCUCAUUCUCUGGUUCUGCCCACAUUAACUUCCAAAAACAAAACUCAAAAUUCAACUUUAACUCUAUCAUCUCCAACAACCCAGAAACCAAAUGGAACAUAUGGAAGCAAAUUUCCCAGUUCAAUUGGUAUUAAUGAAACUCAGCCAAAGUCUCAAAUUCAACCCUUAAUUGAUAUCCUACAUGGUUGUGAGGACAUGGGGUCUGUAAAACAAGCAAAGGCUGUUCAUGGGUUUGUUUUAAAAUCUGAGCUUUCGGACCGAAACUUGCUGGUAGUGUUAAAUCAUCUAGCUCAUGCCUAUUCGAAAUGCUCGGAUUUUGGCACAGCUCGUCGAGUGUUUGAUGAAAUGUCGUGUAGGAACAUAUUCUCUUGGACAGUCAUGAUUGUUGGGUCGACUGAAAGCGGCUUCUUUCUCGAUGGAUUUAAGUUCUUUUCCGAGAUGGUGAACAGUGGAAUUUUACCAGACAAGUUCGCAUAUUCCGCAGUUGUCCAGACAUGCAUUGGUUUAGAUUGUAUUUUAUUGGGCAAAAUGGUGCAUGCCCAGGUUUUUGUAAGAGGCUUUGCAUCUGAUACUUUUGUAAGUACAUCUCUCCUUAACAUGUAUGCAAAGUUCGGAAAGAUUGAGGAUUCAUGUAAGAUGUUUAAUACUAUGACAGAACAUAAUAAAGUCUCCUGGAAUGCAAUGAUUUCAGGGUUGACAUCAAAUGGUCUUCAUUUUGAAGCAUUUGAUUAUUUUCUAAGAAUGAAGAAAGAAGGAAUUACACCAAAUAUGUAUACACUCAUCAGUGUCUCAAAAGCAGCCGGGAAAUUAGGUGAUGUUAACAAGAGCAAAGUGGUUCACAGUUAUGCUUCUGAAUUGGAAAUGGAGUCUAGUGUUCAAGUGGGAACCGCUCUCAUUGAUAUGUACUCCAAAUGCAAGUCUUUGUCUGAUGCAAGAUCUGUUUUUGACUUGAAUUUCACCAGCUGUGGAGUCAAUCCACCAUGGAAUGCAAUGAUUUCUGGCUAUUCACAAUGUGGUCACAGCCAAAAAGCGAUGGAGCUCUUUGUGAAAAUGUGCCUGAAAAAUAUACAACCAGACAUUUACACUUACUGCAGUGUGUUCAAUGCAAUAGCAGAGUUAAAAUGUUUGCAAUUUGGAAAGCAAAUUCACGGGAUGGUUUUAAAGUCGGGGAUAGAAAUGAAGGUUACAAGUGUCUCCAAUGCAAUUGCUGAUGCAUAUGCCAAAUGUGGGUUGCUGGAAGACGUACAGAAGGUCUUUGACAGGAUAGAAGAGAGAGAUUUAGUGUCUUGGACAACACUGGUGACUGCUUACUCUCAAGGUUCUGAAUGGGAGGAUGCACUGACAAUCUUCUCAAAAUUGAGGGAAGAAGGCUUUAUGCCGAAUCAGUUUACCUUUUCUAGUGUGCUUGUUGCAUGUGCCAGCCUUUGUUUACUUGAGUAUGGUCAACAAGUCCAUGGCCUCCUUUGCAAGGCUGGCUUGGACACUGAAAAGUGUAUAGAAAGUGCCCUAAUCGAUAUGUAUGCCAAAUGUGGUAAUAUAGCUGAGGCACAAGAGGUCUUUGAGAGGAUUUCUGAGGCAGAUACAAUUUCGUGGACUGCUAUUAUAUCAGGAUAUGCUCAACAUGGGCUUGUGGAGGAUGCCCUUGAACUCUUUAAGAGAAUGGAGCAGAUGGGUGUGAAGGCCAAUGAUGUUACCUUAUUGUGUGUUCUGUUUGCAUGCAGCCACCGUGGUAUGGUAGAAGAAGGUCUCUAUCAUUUUCAUGUAAUGGAAAAAUUGUACGGUGUGGUGCCAAAGAUAGAACAUUAUGCUUGUAUUGUUGAUCUCUUAGGUCGUGUGGGCCGUCUUAAUGAUGCAGUGGAGUUCAUAAAAGGGAUGCCAAUUGAGCCCAAUGAAAUGGUCUGGCAGACUUUGUUGGGAGCAUGUAGAGUACAUGAAAAUGUUGAGUUGGGGGAGAUUGUAGCUGACAAGAUCCUUUCAGUUAGGCCAGAAUACUCAGCUACCUAUGUUCUUCUAUCCAACACUUAUAUCGGGACAGGGAGUUAUAAAGAUGGAAUUAGUUUGAGAGAUGUGAUGAAAGACCGAGGUGUGAAAAAGGAGCCAGGUUGUAGUUGGAUUUCUGUGAAAGGUAGAAUCCACAAAUUUUAUGCAGGGGAUCGACAACAUCCAGAAAAGCAUGAGAUAUAUGCAAAGUUAGAAGAACUGAGAGUGAAGCUUAAGUCCAUGGGUUACGUUCCAGACUUGAGUUAUGUAUUGCAAGAUGUGAAUUUGGUUGAAAAUAUGGGGAUUCCUGGAUAAGCUCACACGAAAACAUUAAUUUUAUAAAUAUAUCCAAUAUUUCUGGUAUAUCUGUUCAAGUAGUGGAACAAAAAUUUUGUGAUCAAGAUAGAUAAAAGCUGCAGCAACAAAGAGCAAAUGAAUCUUUGGAUGAUGAAAUUGAGGUGCCAUGUACAUUUAAUGAUUUUUUGCACCUGCUCAGCUCCUCUUUCAGGCUUGGGAGAAGAGCGUCCAGGGUACAUACAGGCUACAGAUGUAAAACCCAUAAAAUUUCUGUUGAAUGGUCCAAUGAUAUGGUGUUGGGGUUAACAACUGACCAUGAGGGCUGUACAGCUUGGGCAUUUUUGGAGUUGUGGGCUCCUGAACAUAUUCCAAAAUAAUCCAUGCUGAUGUAUAAUAGAAUGUUGAUUUCAUUGUGCAAGUGAUUAUGGUGGAUAUAGGCUUCUUGACCACAAAGAGUUUAUUGGGCACAGGCAGGUGUACUCAAGAUGCUCUGUACAGGGUCGAGCAGCAGAAUUGAGUUCAUGUUAAGGACCCUGGGACUGCUCAACCAUUGAACACCAUCCACCAAUACAAAUCAUUUGAUACAAAAGGCAAAAUCCUCAAUGAUGUGCAGAAGGAUUCAGGUGGAAGCACCCAACCUUUGCGGAAAAAAACCCGGUGAAAAUCCUGUUCUGAAGUCGGGCAUGAUUGAUAUGGUGAGAUGAGCUUUGCUUUACGUCCUGGGCCGGUGAAAUAAGCUUGGUUUCUGUUAUUGAUUCCGAAAAAAGUGAUCUUGGUUAAGUCAUCAUUCCCGCUAUCCCUACUCUCUUUUUUCCCAUGUUUUAUAUGCGGUGGGACUCAUUUUAUCCAAACUGUACAUUCAUUGAAGGAACUCGUUACAAAUCAUCGAGUGUUCAAUCAUUCAUAUGCGCCUGUUUGAAGAUUAUGUGCCUUGUAUUAUAUGUGUUAAAGCAACAGCAAAACUUUUAUCUUUAUGUUCUUAACACUAGAAUGAAAGCAGGAAAGAAAACACCAGUCUUUUCUCAAUAAAUCUUUCUUUGCAGU